UUGACACUCUCUUAAGAUGAAGUCUGAACUUCUGCUGGUCUUGGUUUUGUCUCUCUGUGUGAGUAGUAAGCCUCUAUCCAAAAAGAGGACAUAUAACAAACUGCUGCUCAUAUCUUUUGAUGGAUUCAGAUGGGACUAUGACCAAGAUGUAUAUACACCAAACUUGGACGAGCUGGUUAAAGAGGGAGCUAAAGCAAAAUACAUAAAUCCUCCAGCGAUCACCAUGACAUCUCCAUCACACUUUACAACUAUUACUGGAAGAUGGAUAGAGGAUCAUGGUGUUGUCCACAAUCUGAUGUUUAAUACUUCCACUGGCAAAAUAAUUCCCCAUAAAGGAACACUAAAACAAUCAGAGUGGUGGGAUAAUGGCGCUUUGCCCCUGUGGAUAACAGCCCAGAAUCAGGGUCUUAAAACAGCAUCUUUCUUUUAUCCCGGUGGUGGAGUAAAUUACACCGGCCAAGCUGUUUAUCGUUCCCUUGUGCUAAGUCAGAAUCAUCCGGAUGACAAUGAAACAGAGUGGAAGCAGAACAUCGACACUGUUAUGAGAUGGUACACCGAAGAGGACUUUCACUUUGUUGCUCUUUACUAUGGAGAACCAGACAACGUGGGCCAUGCCAAAGGCCCAGAAACCCCAGAGAGAAGAAAGAUUAUUGAACAGAUCGACCGCACUAUUGGUUAUCUUAGGGAUGCUAUUCACAAAAAUAGUUUGACCGAUCGUCUUAAUGUCAUAAUCACCUCAGAUCAUGGCAUGACCACAGUCAAAAAGUCCCCUGAGGUUGAGGAGAUAAAGCUUAACAAAUACAUGAGUUUUCUGAAUCUGUCCCAGUUUGAGUUGCUUGACUAUGGUGGGUAUGGCAUGAUUACGCCUAAACAGGGGAAAGAGAAGGAAGUUUAUGAUGCCCUGAAGAAUGCCCAUCCAAAUCUCAAGGUCUAUAAGAAAGAAGAGAUUCCAGAACAUUUCCACAUAGCCAAAAAUAAAAGAAUUCAGCCUAUUGUUCUGUUUGCAGACCUGGGUUUUAAUCUGAACUCGAGGAUCAUAUUGUAUAUCAACAAAGGAGAUCAUGGUUUCAGUAAUGAUGAAAUGGAUAUGAAAAUGAUAUUUCGAGCUUUUGGACCAGACUUUAAGAAGAAUUUCUUGGCUGAGCCAUUUGACAGUAUCAGCAUCUAUCCAUUGAUGUGCAAGCUCUUGGGUGUCAUUCCAGAACCAAACAACGGAAGUCUUAGUGACACCAAAGGCAUGCUAGUGGAUGACUCUGAUGCUGGUGAAAGAAUCAAGGUGUCUCUAACCCUACUGAUAAUGAUGCUUAUUUCAAACAUCAUCUAAAGUCAAUUGUCAAGACUGCUGGUUUAUAAUAUGUUACCUUAAUCAACAAACCUUGAGAAAAUAGUUGGAUCAUUUUCAGAAUCAGUUCUGAAUGCAUUUAAUGCAAACUACCAUCUUACAUAAAUGACAGCUAAAAUAUUAUUUGUAAGUCAUAGUUUUUGUGAUGAUAUAUAUAUCUAGUGAUAAUUAAACAUUGCAUUUCAUAUUUAUUAUAUUAUGUUAAAUAAUACAAGUAUAAAUUUGACUUUUUUAU